GUGAUGACGAUUUGUGGGCGGGUAUUUCGCGCGCCAGUCCUCCAGUAUUUUUGUUACCACAAUAGUUAGCCAGCAAGCUGUUCACAUUUUGCUUGCUGAUGCCUCACAGAAUGGCGAAAUGUAUCCCAGACUAAAUGGUAUGUAUGGGAAAUAUGGAUUGGGAACAAUUGGAGCUCAACCCAAGGAUUAUAGCAGCCGUAAAGAAAGCUAAUGUGAAAUCAGCGAGGGAGAUUCUCAGUCUCUCGGGUCCGGAUCUACAACGACUCACCCACCUGUCAAAGUCAGACGUGCAACACCUGCACAUAGCUGUUGCUGUCUCUUACCGCAGACAUUCGCCUGUAACAGCCUUACAAGUGCACCGUGGAGAGUGUCCCUCUUUGGAACCUGGGCACAAGCUAAGUUUGGCUUGCCCCGUUCUGGACGCUCUACUGCGAGGUGGUGUACCGUUGAGCGGCAUCACAGAACUGGCAGGGGAGAGCAGUGCAGGAAAGACCCAGUUUGGCUUGCAGCUGUGUCUUUCUGUGCAGUACCCACUGGCRUAUGGAGGGCUCAAUUCAGGAGCUGUGUAUAUUUGCACAGAAGACUCGUUUCCCAUCAAGCGUCUGCGGCAGCUCAUUACCCAGCAGGCUCGGCUGCGGCCAGAGCUUCCCCAGGAUUUGAUACGGAGCAUCCGUUUCAGCGACAACAUCUAUAUAGAGCAUGCUGCCGAUCUGGGUGCACUGCAGGCCUGCGUGUCCCAGCGGGUGCCCAUUCUGCUCUCCCGGGGCCUUGUUCGGCUGGUGGUGGUGGACUCAGUGGCGGCCCUGUUCCGCAGCGAGUUCCAGGCGGACGAGGGCAUCGAGAGAGCCCGCCACAUGCUGGCCUUUGCCGCCACUCUCCACCGCCUGAGUCACAACUACAGUACCCCGGUGCUGUGCAUCAACCAGGUGACAGAUGUAAUGGAUGGGCCAGAUCCAGCACACUGUAACUUUGGGUUGGUGGACAAUAAGGUGCUGCCCGCCCUGGGCAUGGCCUGGGCCAACCAGGUGAUGGUGAGGCUGAUGCUGCUCCGCCUCCCAGGCUGUGUGGGCAUCGGGGAGCAGGGCGGUACCAGCGCCCCUCGCAGGCUGGAGGUGGUGUUCGCCCCUCACCUCCCCAGAGCCAGCUGCCUGUGUGGUGUGUGGGAGGAAGGAGUGAGAGGGCUGCCAAACAGACCCCGGUCCGUCACCAAGAGACUUGAAACCACAGGCGAAUUGGGCCUGAACGAUGGUACCUAAAUCCAACAGACUUUUACAGUUGCAGGAUACAGAAAAGUGUUUUUGCAAUAGCACUAUUGCAAAAACUAACUCUUUAUCCACAAUGUGCGUGUGUGUACGGCUGUGUGUCUUUGUAUGUCACUGUGUGUGUCCUGCAAAAAAAAGUUAUUUUUAUAUGGCUCAAUAACUGGAAGUCUAUGGGAACAGCUAGCAUAUCAUUGUGCGAGCACUAGCAGCAAUAGAAACCCCCUUACCCUUGCCACCACUGCUGGGGGAAAAAUCCUAGGGGGAUCUCUCCUGUGAUCUAUCUACUUUGACAAAUAAAUCAUAUUUUAUUCAGUA